CAGUGACGUGGCGGCGGGCGGAGUAAAUCGCUCCUGUCCUGAACGAGUCUUUAAAAUGGCAGCGUUCAUAGGAAAACUGAGGAGAAGCGCACUAUAUGAAUAUACAUAUAAGGUCUAAGACUCAGCUUAAUUACUGCUAACAUGUCGACAUCAACUACUUUCCAUCUGAUGAAUGAACCGGAUUCUGCACCAAUGACCAUACAAAAUACAAAGGAAAGUCCAGUUCGGCCACAACCAGCUCUUCUGAAAAUUCUCCAAACAGCUGGUGCAAGUGGAGAAAUAUUUACUUUAAAGCAGGUUAUGCAUUACCUGGGGCAGUAUAUCAUGGUGAAAGAGUUGUAUGACAAACAGCAGCAGCAUAUUGUCCAUUGUGGCUCCGAUGAACUUGGAAAAUUAUUAGGGAUUACUACGUUCUCUGUGAAAGACCCAAGGCCACUUUAUGACAUGUUGAAGAAAAACCUGUCAAGAGUCACUUGCACCGAUGCUGGUCACAGUCCUUCAAGAGACAAAUCGCUGGCUUCGCACGGUUUGGAACUGGAGAAGAGUUUUAAUAAUAAAACUGAAGUCACAGAAGAUAUCAAGAGAAAUGAUUGUGUUAGUGAUGACGUGUGUACCUCACUUAACAAGAGUCAUUUAAAAGGUAAUGAAAGGUCAGAUUAUACAAAGCAAUCUCUGGAUUUGGUGUUUGAAGAAUGGGAUGAAGCUGGGCUUCCUUGGUGGUUCCUAGGGAAUUUAAGGACAAAUUAUCACCUUCAAAGCAUUGGAUCAACAGACAUUGCCUCAAAUCAGGAUAUAGAUACAGCCCCUGUGUCAGACACAACUGAUGACACGUGGUUCUUAAAUGACUCUCAUUCAGAUCAUAUUAAUAUGGAGGUGAAGAUGGAGGCCCCAGGCUCACUUAGUAAUAAAGUAGAAGAACUUGGUGAAAGUGAUAGCAAAAAGGUGGUUAAACUGACUCUGUAUGAUGAUGACGAUCUUGACGACACGCAAAGUUUAAGUGACGAUACAGAUACAGAGGUCACAUCACAGGACUGCUGGCAAUGUACGAAAUGCCACAAAUUGAAUUCACCAGUGAAACGGUACUGCUACCGCUGCUGGGCACUUCGCAAGGACUGGUAUCUGGACUAUCCUAGUCUCAUUCACUCGUCUUCCACUCCCACCCUUCCUGCCAAAUGUAGUUCCCAGUACAGUAUGGCUGGUUUAGACAUGCCUGACUGUCGUAGAACAGUCUCUGCCCCCAUUGUGGGGGUUCGAGUUCCUGAAUGUAAAGCUCAAGUGCCUUUUCUGGAGCCUUUAGAUUUGGCAGCAAAUUCCAAGGCCCUCUCUAAGAGCACAGAUACACUGCUUACUUACCAGGCUGAAGAAGCCUCACUGCUUUCAAGUCGCCCACUUUUGGAGCCUUGUCGACUGUGCCAGAGACGGCAGCGCAAUGGCAAUGUGGUACAUGGACGCACAGCCCACCUGGUGACUUGUUUUUCUUGUGCUCGCAAUCUUAAGAAGAAUAGGAAAGGAUGUCCUGUGUGCCAGAAGCCUAUACAGAUGGUUGUAAAGAUAUAUGUUGCAUAACUAGGUACUUCAAGCAUCAAUACAAUGUCAUUGCGAUGUCCCAAACUGCAGUUUGAACUGGUAUUUAUUUAAAUUUUAGGCACCUUGUUUAACCUUGGUGGAGACAACUCCAAAACAUACAAAAAAAGUUUGUUUUUUCUAUUUACCUGAAAGGACUGGACAUGUUUGUUAUUUCCACUGGAUUCCAGGGGUUGGUAAAACACGAGUAUGUUUCUUGUGCAACAUUGUUUAUAAGACUUAGCCAGUACACUUUGGGAUACGCUUGCUCUCUGAUUUUUUCCUUCACUACCUGUAAUGAUGAUAAUAUGAUGAUGACCUUAAUGAGAGUUGAUUUAGUCUCUUAAAGGCAUUUAUAAUCAUAAUAAACUGUUUGAAGUUUAGAAAUUGCCAAUUGCAUAGUGUUGCAUCUAUUUUGUUUUCACUAUUUUGUAACUCUUGAAGAAUCCACCUCUUUCUGUACUUAAUAUAGUAUUUCAGGAUGGUGUAAUUAGUCUGUAAUUAAUCUGUGGUGGCUAAGCAAUUUCAGCAAUAUUUGGAGUAACAGUUUGAAUGUUGUUACCGUUGUUACUUUAAUGUGAUUGAGAAUCCAUCUAUUCUGAUGCCUGUUUUGUGAACUGAAUAGACCAUAAUUAGACAUUUUUGACCUACGAGAACAGAAUAGACCAUAUCAUACACUAAUAGAUGCUUUUGCAAGUAAAUCUUCAGUCAGAAGAAGGGAGUUACAUCCUACUGUACUUUUUGGCCCUGACUGCCAGUUGCAUCAAGCAUUGUGGGUGAGAGUGAUCUGAUUAAGAUUCAUGCAGGUUAAUGGAUCAAGUCACACCAGACACCUGGAACCUGGAACCAUGACCAUGAAAAUAUGCCUUUGGACACCAAUGUCCGACAUCCCCAAUAUUUUGCCUGUGGACUUAUGGAACUGCUAACAAGGCAUUUCAACUUAAAGAUUGUCUGCCUAUUUGCUGCGGUAAUCUGUCUGUUUAUUUAUCUCUUGAAUAAAAUUUAAGUUUCAAAAAA